UUCUCUCUUUUUUCUCUUUCCUUCUUUUCUCCAGCCAGGAUGUGGAACUAAGCUUCCUGGAUCUUGCAGCUGGUUUGCCUAAGCCCCCUCUCUUUUAUCCUAGCUCCCUGCAAGGGAGAGAGGGGGGCUUUCUAACCGUCCAUCACCAUUCCCGUGCAGGCGCCAGAUGCUGUAGUAUAUGCCUAACUGCAGGUAAAUCUUGUGAAACAAUGUAAGGGGUGAGAAAGAAGCAUACAAGAAUCCGGGGUCUUCAGCCCCUACUCGGACUGCUUCCCCUUCCCAGCGUAAGGUCCGAUGCACAUGGAGGAAACAAUGGAGGCUGUGCGGGAUAUAGAUGGACUUUGGUCUGGGAUUACUGUCCCAUUUUCUUGCCUGAACUUUCAGACCUGCAUCCAGAUCUGGGGUUGGGGAUGCCCAGAGGAAGGGACAAUACUGUAGUAACACAUGAGGAUGGGUUACUUUGAUGGAGGAAGGGGAUAAGGAGGAAGGUCCAGCAUCAGUUGCCUUUUGUAAUCUUUUCCGUCCCCUUCAGCCCACCUUCUUUGCAAAUCUUUUAAAUCAAUAACUUCAGAGUUCUUGGUGCCACCUGUGAUACCCCUAUUCAUUAGUAUAUAUGUAUUAUCCCAUAUUGUGGAUUAGUUUGUUUCCAUGGGAUGUGUAAUAGAUCCUGAAGCUUCACUUCUGGGAGAUGUUUAGUAUAGGUCCUUAAAAUAAACUCUGUAUAUUUGAAAAAGCAAAUUUUAAUCUAUGAGAGCUUUAUGCCAGAUAAUUGCCUUCGCUACAACAGACUAAUUCUGUUGUUCCACUGGAAUUUGCACAGCAUGUAAUCUCUUUUAUUUUUUUCAUAAAUGCCUACAGUAUUUUUUUUCUUUGGCAGAAAAUUAAAAUUUAGCCGCUUAGAUGUAAUAAAUGAUACAAAUAUCAUAAGACAUAAGAACAUAUUUUUAGUACAGAGGAUUUAAGGACUGUCCCAGAUCUGGGAUAGCCAUGCCUAUGUGAUAUCAUAAUUUAUAAAUAUGUCUGCUGCGAUUACAGUUUGCAUUAAAAUGUAUUUUUGAAAGCAUUUAUUCUAAAUGUAUACAUAUGCUGCUAUAUUCAUGUUUAGGGUAGUCAACUUAUUUUCUAUAGUUUAUAUUCAACCUUAUCAUAUUGCUCCUUUUUUCUUUUCUAAGAACAGGGUCCACAGUUCUCAGAGGACAGAAAAAAACCUUCCCCAAGUUACUAUCCCCAAAAUGUAUUCAGAUCACAACUCCAAAUAAUCCACUGACUAAGAACUUGGGUUUGUAUAUUCCAGUAUAGAUGAAGUUCACCAGAAUCAAGAUGGCUGUUUUAAGCCUAAUACGAUUGGGAGGAAAUCCUUAUUUGUGCAACAUGUGAAAACAGCAUCAGUAGAAUAUGUAAUAUGUGGGCCUGCAUAUCUGGAGCAUGGGUGUGCAUCUGUUCUCUCUCUUUUCCCAUACAAACACCCCACACAUGCACAUAGUUCAUCCUUUCGAUUUAAAAGGGGAAUAGAACUACCUUCUGGGAGAAUAUAAUCUUCAAUUUUAUGCAAAACCCUCAUGCAGUAUUUUCUUUUAGUGUCCUGCUUUUUGCUUUCUAUGCUUCCCAUGUAAAUCUGCCUGUUUGUCUCUAUCCAUCCAUCCAUCCAUCAUCUAUUUAUAUGCUGCCCAUCUCAUUCUGAAAAGCAAUUCUUGAUGUAGGCUUCUAGAUUGAUGCAGUAAUCUAAAUUACUAUUGUACAUCUGAUUGCCAAGAUCACUGAAGUGACUUAAAUGAUUUCUGUGAUGAACAGAUUCUUCAAUUACUUUUUAUUUGAUUUAAGUGCUCUCUACAGCCUCUUGUGAGAGACAGAGGGAAAAGUCUUCAAGAACUUUAGAAAGAAAAUUCUUCUGUGGACCAACAUGCAGGAGAGCUAUGAAACAGUAAUCUCAUUGGCAGAAGAACUUGCCAUAAGCUGGCCUCGGAUAACUGCCUUUGCAGAGACUCGAGGACGCCAAGGUUUGGCCCCUGGAUUGCGAUCUGGAUCAUCCUGUAUCAUUGGCUACACUAGUAAGACUGAUGGGAGCUGCAGUUCAGCAAUUUGAAGUAUUGUAAUCAAAUUGAGAACAAAAAGAAGAACUUUGUUCAACAACAGUUUAUCCAGAUUAAGAAGAUAGCAUAUUUUGAGUUUGAGAACUAUCAAGAUUUGGGCUUAGAAAUGGAACCUGAGCAAGGGCAGCUGGCUCCUUUACAGGGCGAGGCAGCAGCAACUACAGAUGGGUCAAGUGGGGAAGGGAUCUUUCCAGACUUCCGGAGGCAACUUGGGGUAAUUCUGCAAACUAUAGGGAAGGCUCAAGUGGAGAAGAUGCUCAGGGAGUUGGUGAAGGAGCAGGAGCAGGAGCAGCAGAGAAGAAUCAGGCGGCGGAAAAGAGUGAACAGGAAUCCUCGAAAUGGAGGUGAUGAAAUAGUGGAACAAAAUAACUUGGAGACUUCAAGGGAACUUCAGACAGGAACAGUGGAAGGACCAGCUGUGCUAUCCAGAAAACCAUUUGGGAAUGAAGUGCAAGGUUCCCUCAAAUGUCCAGGACUGGCAGGACCAAAGCAACCCAAGAUGAUUCGUGGUGAUAUGAGAGGAUGUAAGAAUACUCUUGCCCAGCAAAAUCCUCUAGGAACAAGAUGGGGAGCAGAAUCUAGAGAGAGUGUUAACCGCAGUCCAUUCUCAAAUAUGAGCCAUGACUCCCAGGAAGCUGGGAGAAUUUGUCCAUCUUUUGUUGAAAGACCCCAGUUCUUAGGAUGGCAGAAGCCCCAUUACACACAAAGGCGUCAGCAUUUACCUGCAGGGGAGAAGCCCCAUCACUGUGGAUCAUGCAGAAGAACGGUUGCAAUCCCACCAUUAAGACCUAAUUCCCCUCAUAAUUCUGCAUUGAUUCCUUUCUUGAAUUCUGCCUCUGAAUUUUCUUCUACCUUGACUCUGAAUUCUGUAGGGCCACUGAAUACCCAAGCUCUGCCAGGUAACCCAGCUUCUACCCAGUCUCAAAAACCCCAUGCCUGUGAGGAAUGUGGCAAACGAUUCCGAAUCCUAGCAAACUUGGAACGGCAUCAGCAGCGUCACGCAGCAGAAAAACCACACCAGUGCAGAGACUGUGGGCGCCGUUUCCGCUGGGGUUGCCAUUUAGAGCGCCAUAGGCGAUCACGCCGCUGUGUGGAAUGUGGUGGAGGCCUCGCAACACCUCCUCCACCCCCAACUCCACCUCCAGAACCUGAUCGACCCUAUUCCUGUGGGGAGUGUGGGAGGCGGUUUACACAGCGCUCAGCGCUCAGCAAACAUAGGCGUCUGCACUCAGGGGAGCGUCCCUAUGGGUGUGGAGAGUGUGGGAAACGCUUCCUGCAGCGUUCUGACCUCACUAUUCACAUCCGCUCACAUUCUGGUGAGCAACCCUAUGCCUGCACAGAGUGCGGACGCCGUUUCAGUGUCAGUUCAAACCUCAGCAAGCACAGGCGCAUGCACCGGGGGGAGCGCCCUCAUGCAUGUUCUGUCUGCUCUAAACGCUUCCUCCAGCGGUCAGAACUUCUUAUCCAUCAGCGUGCUCACACUGGGGAGCGCCCUUAUCCGUGCACUGCUUGUGGAAAGCGUUUUGCUCGCCGGGCUCAUCUUAAACGCCAUCAGCGAACCCAUGGGGGAAUGCCUGCCACAACUACUGCAUCUCGGCACCAGAAUGGUCAUCUUUUCACCGCUCCCUCACCAGAUGCUAUGUCCUUUGUGAACAUCAACAGCAUGAAUCUUGGGUGACUGAUGUCCUUGAACCACAUGCUUAAGCCAAUACAGUUGCCACACGGUUGUGCCCACCUGUAGCUGGGCCUCCUGCUUUCUCAGCAGCUCGAGAUUCUGUGAAUGCUUCUUCACUGGGUCUACUCUGGGCUGUGCCCUCUUUAGGAUGUCCUCCCUUCUGCUCAUAGCAUUUUUGCAGGGGACAAUCUGAGUUCUGAUUAGCCCAUGGAAAUAGCAUCAUAUUAGCCCUUUAUCCUCAUCUGUUUGGAGGCUUGGCAGGUUUUUUUGCUUGGGCCUUCUUAGAACUUCUUUGCUUGCCCUUAUAUUAUAGGGUAUGGAGCCAGUGAAAUUAUUCAUGAUCAUCUGCUACAUUCCCUGACUUGUUGAUUUAUCUUGGUAAUACCACUAGCGUGUCAAUUUUGACAACUCUGAAGAGGAAAAGACACAAUCACUUUACUAUCGAAAGUUAACUGCAAUUCAUUGAUGCAAGUAAUUUUGUCUUGCAAACCACAGUCAUAACAGGCAUUUAUUACAGAUUCACAGAUGUAGUUCUUUUUUCUCUUGAAGUGGUCCACUACAUGUCUUCCCUAUUUUUGUAAAUUUUACCAGUCCCCAACAUUACCCCUGGCCAAAAAACUCAUUUUGAGCAGAUUUGCCCUUGUUUCUUUUGAUGGGAAAGAAAUCCAAAUAGGCUUCUCUGAAGGGCUUUGAACUCAUUACCUGUAGACAAAAAUUGCAUACUUGUUGUUGAGUCUACAGUAUAUAUUAGUAUACACAUAUUGUAGCAGUCAGUCUAUAACUGAUUGAGUUGGGUGCAUUUUAUGUCUGUGGUCUAUGCUUCUACAGCUCCAAAGGACAAUCGUGUCCAAGCAUUGGAUGGUCCAGAACUGUCAUGAGAGAACAGCGGUUCAGAAUCAGGAAACACUGUGGUGGUGUGAUUUGGGCCUUGCAGCUGUUUGUGGAAUUUGGGAAAAGAUGAGCCAGGCCUUCAAAAGUGUUUUUAGUGCUCUUUCACCAUCAGCUCCUGAGAGAGCAAAGUAAGGACUUUGUUGAGAAUUCUGGACUGGAGCAUUUUAGAAUGGAAAGAGUCUGCUUGCUACAUCUGGUGAUUCAGCCAGCUUUGAAGAGAAUGGUAAAGCUGCUGCUGUGUAAGGACAACAACCUUUUGGUACACUACUGUGACAGGCAAUUUCCAGGUAUAUUAUUAUUUACCAGGCCAGGGUUAUAGAUCCAGCUUGUAUAUUCUUGAUAUAUGUAGGGCUGGCAUUUUGUUUUCCAUCAUAAAGUUGACCGUGGCCUCUAGAUUGGAGAAGCAAUUAAUAUCUGAAUUAAGACUAAUGCAGUAGAACUUUUAUCAAUUUUUUUUAACCAUGUAUUUUCUUUUAAACUACAUAGUUGAAUCCCGGAACGUACACAUAUAUGAACAAAAUAGAAUAUUUUGCAAUACUCUUCCACAGGAGCUGUUUUGCAUCUUUCAUAUUAUAACAAGUGUUUUGGGUUGAGGUGACAACCUCAAAAUGGUUUGGAGCCGUCUCCAUUUUAUAAAGCUGAACAUCAAGAAGCUCAUGACGAUAUGAAACAUGAAAUCUUUGCUUAUGCAGUUUUUGAUCAUAGCGUGCAGUGACUAUCUUAGCCAGUGCAGAUCUAGUCUUUUUCAGGCCUGCAUAUUGUUUUAAAGCAUGCACGGAGAAAUACAGAGUUGGAAUGACCUGACCAUGUUGCAAGAAACAGCCAACAGGUCAGACAGACUAGCUGGGAUGGGUGCUAGAAUUGGAUUCCAUUGCUUCAAUAGUUGGCUAAUCUGAUUUACAAAUGAGGGCAAAUAUACGGUACAUGUCCUAGGAUAAUGAUGCAAGAUCAAAUUUGGGCUGGUCACUGGGAGCAGAGAUUUACUCUUCCAAGCUUUCAGACUCAUGCUAGAACCCAUCGUCAAAUUUAGUCAGACUUAAGACUGACUCUAGACUCUUUAGAAUUUAAUCUGAUUUGGCAAUAGCUAUUUUGAUAAACCUUUUAUAAAGACGAAUGAUUGAUUACUACUUUACUCAGUUUCUUCAGAGUGAUCAGGAAAUGGUUACUGGUUAGCUAGUUGGGCAUUACAGAGUCUUAGGGAGAGAAUAUCAUUUGGAUAUUGAUAGAGAAAUAGAAAGGAAGAAAUUGUUAAUAACUCUUUGGGUCUGUAAUUUUUUCAAUCAGUCCUAGUGGGUCAUUGUCAAUGGAUAUUGCCUUCCCUGGAUAUUUUUUGAAACAUAUUAGAGCAUGUUUGAUAGAUUUUACAUGUUGCAAGGCUAUUGAAUCAGACAUAUUACCAAAACGGCUUUUAUAUUCAUCUGGACAGUUCUUGAAGAGCUCUGAUAAGUAAUUUAAAUGUUCCAGAUUUAAAUACCUUUUUAUCUCUACGCUACCAGUGAUUAAGUAGACAUUUGCUUGGAUCUACCAUCUGAGCUUUUUCCCUUUCUCUCUUUUUGCAUUAGGCAUAUCACAAAAAUUGUUGGCUUAAUAAUCUUUGGUUUAGUAAAUUAAAAUUUAUACUAGUCUACCUUAAUUUUAAGAACUAGAUAAUAUGGAACAAGAAUUGAUUCUGCUACAAAAUUUCUAUAUUACUAAAACUCGUUCUCAUGACUUUUAACUGAUCAAAACGGUGCAUCAUAGAGCAACAGUUUUUGAGCCCAGAAACUUCAGAUGGGUUAAUUUACAGAAUGUGUCCAAAGUAUGAGACACAUGACUUCUGUGAGAAUUAAAUUUGGGGAAAUUGUGCUUGAUUGAGUACUGCUGGGUUAUUGCUAUGGUCAUGGAAUGCUGAAAAAGGAUAUUUUGGCAUUUCUGAUGCUCCCUGCCAGAUUUCCACAAGGAAACUCAAUGCAGAAGUCAAUAGGAAGUCAAAAGUUGUUCCUGUUCCCCACUGCUUUUUUGCCUACCCUUGUUUAGGUAAAGAAAUAUCUCUGAAAUGAUGACCCAAUGGGGCAUGGGUAGUAAUGCAAAGUUUUUGGAAUUCCCUGUUUAUAGUUCACUUCUGCUAGGAUCUUUUCUAACCUCAAGCUAUUAGCAAAUGGCUCAAUUACUCUCAGGGCCUGAAUGUCACUGAUGGGAAUAUUCACACAAAAAUACUUAAGAAAGAGACAGCUCUUAAUUCUUGAGCAGAUUCUUGGAUUUUUUUUUAUAAAUUCCAACAAAAAUGCUGAUGAUGCAGGAACUAUUUUUAUGGGAAUUGUGGCUCAAGACACAGAAAAUAAAACAUUCAAGCGAUGACUUCUGAAUGUUAACCCAAAUUCUGUAGAAAGCUGUAUUCCUGUAUUUACAAUGAAAAUUAUCCUAUAAAUUUCUAAUCAUAGGAAAAGUUAGUAUUUUCUUUUGAUCACACACACACACACACACACUCCUAUAAAAUUGCAAGCAAGGAUAAAGGAUAAUAUUAUUCUUUAUUAAGAGAUACCAAAAGGAAUGCAUUAUUGUCCCACUCCAUUUUGGGGCUCAAAUAGGCUGUCUAUGGUGAAAAAUCGGGUAAUAAUAUCUGGAUCAUGGAACAAGUAGUUUAGUCAUCAUCUUGAAUGAGAGUCCAUCAGGCUUCAGAUCUUUGGCAUCAUCUGCAGCAGAUUUAGAUGAUGAAGAACAUGGGAACAGCUCUACUUUCUCUUACCACCUACAUCUUCAUAUAGGAGUCAAAUAGAUGUCCUAAGGAUAUUUACUAAGGGAGUUUACAUUACGGCAGUGUCCGGCAGUUCUAUUUAUUCCACAGAAUCAGAUAUAUGGUCCUGAAUGUGAGAUUUGUGCCUUUGCCUUGUAUUGGACAUUAUCUUAAUGAACUCAUAAGUCCUUUUUUAAAAAGCCUUUUAUAUGCACCACAUGGGACAGUAUUCCAAGUUUAAUCUUGAUGCAUUUGGUUUUGCUUAUUGCUCACCAACUCCAACUGGGGAUAAUCUGCUAAUUUACUUUCUGCAGCACUUGUGAUAGAUAAACAUCUUCCAAACCACUAAGCAAAUAGAGCAAAAAUCUUCAGGGGCAUUAGAAAAUAAAAUAGGCCAUAACUUUUUUUUUUUUUGAUGGAACAUUGUGGUUGUAGGCCUUGGAGUUCCCCUUGUUUCAAAAACCACUUGGUUUGCCAAAACUUGCAGUUCCAAUCUCACAAAGAUUCCCUUCCAAAGCAAACAGUUUCUACCAUAAAAUGUCUGCAAAAUGCGGACAAGAUCUCUUAGCCUUUCCUAAACUGUAACUUAGGAAAGGCA